AGUUGCACUAGCAAUCAGAUAAGGGAUAAUUACAACCUAACGGAAAAAACAUUUAAAUAGUAAUAAGUACUUUUUUCAGUAACUUCGUGACUGUGUUAAUAUUUAUAGUUUUUUAUUAGUUGUAUCAGUGGCACUGUUGGAGUUUACUCAAGAUGAGAAUAAUUUUGCUAUCAGGUAUUUUAAGCUUCUCAGUAGCCGUGCUAGGGUUCUCGGAUCACAGUGUGCGGAGAUUUAAAGAUGGCUUCCUAUUCGGGGCAGCAACUUCUGCAUACCAGGUGGAAGGGGCUUGGAAUGAAGAUGGUAGAGGACAGUCAGUAUGGGACCACCACAUCCACAUUCUUGAGGGCCAGCAGCCGGCGCCUGGAGACGUGGCCUGCGACUCCUAUCACAACUACAAGAGGGAUGUGGAGAUGCUGAGGGAGCUAGGGGUGGAUGUUUAUAGGUUUUCUAUAUCCUGGUCUAGGGUAUUGCCUAGAGGUUUCAACAGCGUAAUAAACGAGCCAGGCCUCCAAUACUACGACAAUCUAAUAGACGAACUACUAAAAUACAACAUUCAGCCCAUGGUCACUAUAUACCACAUGGAUAUACCAUUGAACCUGCAAGAUUUGGGGGAGUGGUCUAACCCCUUCUCUGUUAUGUGGUUUGAGGACUAUGCUAGGGUAAUAUUUGACCGAUAUGCUAGUAAGGUAAAAUACUGGAUCACCAUGAACCAACCAAGCACCGUGUGUGAGUUGGCAUACAAAUCGAACCAUUGGCCUAAAAGCAUAAAUGGCAUUACAGAUUACGUGUGCGCUAAGCAUGUGCUUCUAGCCCACGCUAGAACAUAUAGACUGUAUGACAAGGAGUAUAAGACUAAAUAUGGAGGGUCUAUCGGGAUAUCCAUAGCUGUGAACUGGGUGGAACCCGUCAACAACAGUACUGAAAACGUCGAGGCUGCUGAGAUUUACAGAGAGUUCUUGUAUGGCAUGUACCUUGACCCGAUCUGGUCCAAAAAUGGAGACUUUCCCAAACUGGUAAAGGAUAGGGUGGCCAAGAGAAGCAAGGAGCAGGGAUUCUUCAUAUCUAGACUGCCUUCGCUUACGAAAGACGAAAUCAAGCUUAUAAAAGGUUCAGCAGAUUUCCUAGGCCUAAACCACUACACGACCUACCUGACGUCUCCGUUGAAGGGCAGCCACACUGCGCCCUCUUUCGUCGAUGAUGUUAGCGUCAACACAACGGGUAGAGAGGAGUGGACGCAGGCGCGUAGUGAUUGGUUGAAGAGCACGCCCGACGGUCUGUACAAAGUUUGUCUGCUCCUCAACAAGCGUUAUGACUACCCAACUAUCUUCGUAACGGAAAACGGCUGGUCAACGGACACGGGUCUACAGGAUUCAAGUCGCUCUGAAUACAUCCAGCAGUACCUUGAAGCACUGUUGUUGGCCAUUGAAGACGGGACACAAGCGCUCGGUUAUAUAUACUGGAGCCUCAUGGACAACGUGCAAUGGACGGAUGGGAUCAGUGAACGUUUUGGUCUCUACGAAGUAGAUUUCGACUCGCCAGAAAGAACGCGGACAGCGCGGCAGUCUGCGCUGGUUUACAAGAGAAUCAUACAGCAGAGGAUUAUCGAAGAGGGAUGGAAGCCGAAAAAUUUGAAUAUAAGUGUUAGCGAAUUGAAAACUGGGUGGUUACAACAAACAUUACCGGUCAAAGUAUAUAAGAUGCGAAUUGUUUUGUUAACGGGUAUUUUAAGCUUAUUAGUAGCCGUCUCGGGGUUCUCAGAUAACAGUGUGCGAAGAUUUAAAGAUGGCUUCCUAUUUGGGGCAGCAUCUGCAGCUUACCAGGUGGAAGGGGCUUGGAAUGAAGAUGGUAAAGGACAGUCCGUAUGGGACCACUACUUCCACAGCGGCCCGGGCAUAGGGUCGGCGCCCGGAGACGUGGCCAGCAACUCAUACCACAACUAUAAGAGGGAUGUGGAGAUGCUGAGGGAGUUGGGGGUGGAUGUUUAUAGGUUUUCUAUAUCCUGGCCUAGGGUACUUCCGGAAGGUUUCAGCAGUAUAAAAAACGAGCCAGGCCUCCAAUACUAUGAUAAUUUGAUAGACGAGCUACUAAAACACAACAUUCAGCCCAUGGUCACAAUGUAUCACUUUGAUCUACCUGUGGUCCUGCAACAUUUGGGGGGGUGGGCUAACCCCUACUCUGUACAGUGGUUUGAGGACUAUGCUAGGGUGCUAUUUGACCGAUAUGCUAGCAAGGUCAAAUACUGGAUCACCGUGAACCAACCAAACUCCGUGUGUGAGGUGGAAAACUUUGAGAACCAUCUCCCUAAAAGCACGAAGGGGGUGAUGGACUAUUUGUGCGCUAAACACGUACUUCUAGCGCACGCUAGAACGUACAGAAUGUAUGAGAAGGAGUACAAGAAGAAAUAUGGGGGUUCCGUCGGGAUAUCCGUAUCUGUAAACUGGGCGGAACCCGUCACCAACAGCACUGAAAACGUCGAGGCUGCAGAAACGUAUAGAGAAUUCUCGUACGGCAUGUACCUGAAUCCGAUCUGGUCUAAAAGUGGAGACUUUCCCAAACUGGUGAAAGACAGGGUGGCCAAGAGGAGCAAGGAGCAGGGAUUCGUCAGAUCAAGACUGCCCUCGCUUUCGAAAGACGAAAUCAAGCUUAUAAAAGGUUCAGCAGAUUUCCUAGGUCUGAACCACUAUACGACCUUCCUAACGUCCCCGUCGAAGGUCAGCCAUCCUGCGCCAUCGUUCGCUGAUGAUGUCAGUGUGGACCUUGCUACCAAAGAUGAGUGGACGCAGUCACAUAGUGCUUGGUUGAAGAGCGCGCCCUACGGCCUGUACAAAGCUUGCCUGCACCUCAACCAGCAUUACGACUACCCGACCAUCUUCAUCACGGAGAACGGCUGGUCGACCGGCAAGGGUCUCCAGGAUUCGAGCCGUUCUGAAUACAUCCAGCAGUACCUCAAAGCGCUGUUGUUUGCCAUCGAAGACGGGACACAAGCGCUCGGCUAUACGUACUGGAGCCUCAUGGACAACGUGGAAUGGAUGGCUGGCACCAGUGAACGCUUUGGUCUGUACGAAGUGGAUUUCGACUCGCCAGAAAGAACGCGGACAGCGCGGCAGUCUGCGCUGGUUUACAAGAGAAUCAUACAGAAGAGGAUUAUCGAAGAAGGAUGGAAGCCGAAAAACUUGAAGAUUAGUGUUAGCAAAGUGAAAACUGAAUUGUAAUGUAAACCACUUAUCGGGCGUCAGUGUUGUCACAUACAAUUUUGGCGAAGUGGUAGAACAGGGUGCAAAAAUAGGUAGAAAUGGGUGGAGUUUAAAAUGAAAAAUAGGUAGAUCUACCACUCAAUAGCAAGUACAUUUUUAUGAUUAAAAAUGUAUAUAAAAUGUUUCAAAUUAUUUAUUCGUUUUUAAUAUUGUGAUGUUAGUACACGUGUUUGUUAAAGAAAUUGAAACAAAAGUUAGGAUUUCCAUUGUUGGUAAUAAACCUGUUUGUAUAAUCUGUUUCUUUGGCAAGUUUUCAUUAAAUCGAAUAAAUUCGGUAGAAAUUAAGUAAUGUUCCGUCACAUGUAUUGAGAAUUGCUUACAAUUGUACCAUUUUGAAAAAUAGGUAGAUUUCAGGCCGAGGGAGGUAGAUAGGUAGAACGCAGGCAAAAAAGGUAGAUCUACCAAAAAGUUGGUAGAUGUAACAACACUGUCGGGCGUACAACUUGGCUCUAAUCUCCAAGGUGAAGAAAAUUACAAAUCCAUGAUAUAAACAGACGUAGUUUAGUAGCUGGAUUUAUCAGUACUGCUACUUGACAAUAGUUUAAUAUCUUAUGGAUUCUAAGAUGAACAGACGUUAGCGCGAUGUAGGAUAUUCGCAGGUCAUACCAGCGCCAUCUACCGGGAUAUUGGGUAAACCAAUUCCCUUAAGCGUUUUGAAGGUGGUUGUAAAAAAUAAAAAUGUGCGCGGUAUGUUUUUGGAGAAGGUAACUGAGUUUUGGUACCGAAAUCGAUAAUGAUAUCGAAAAUGUAUACAUUUUACGUUUUGACUUAUUUUUAUAAUCUCAGCCUAUAAUAUUAUAGCCUACGAGUAGAAACCCAGUUUCAUAAA